AGUGACGUCACGGGUCCUGGGUGAAAAAGCAGCGAUCACGUGAUGCUGUGUGAAGCUAGCGGCGGCCAUGUUGGGAACGGAGGUGGACGUAUCGCUAUUAUAGCAAUGCCCACUACCUGUGCAGCCUUUGGGUGUUCCAACAACUCUAGGCUCAACCAGGUUACCUUUCAUAGGUUUCCUUCUAACCCAGAAAGAAGAAAACAGUGGCUUAACCUUGUGAACAGAGAAAACUUCUCACCAAGCCUGCAUACCUUUUUAUGUUCUAAACAUUUUGAAGAGUCGUGUUUUGACAGAACAGGGCAAACUGUGCGGUUAAGAACGAAUGCAGUGCCUACCAUAUUCAUCUAUCCAGAGCAUAUGGUGGAAAAGAUAGCUCUUAAACAAGCGACCGGUACAAAGCCUGGUGAGAAUCCUCCCGCUGGAUCUGCAACAGAUAUACAGAACUCCACCUCUUAUGGUGACCACAGUUACUGCCUACCAAGACCUGCUGAAAUUAAAAGAAAGAUUUGGGACCUUGAAAGGAAAUUAGAAAUUGCUCACAAGAAGAUAAAGAUUUAUCAGCAAAGAGAACGGAGAGGCAGGAAGAAAUGUUUAACAGAAAACUUCACAGAUCCAGUUCUGGACCAGACACCUGAGCAGGACAUAGGGCCGCACAACGACAAUAUGGUCCUAGAUCCAAAGCCACACAAGACUGUGGUGGUAAUAUGAGAGCUGCCGUUUACCGACUGAUGUACAAUAUUGUGCAGCACAACACAUGGAUGAAUUACCAAUAUGUGGAACUUUCUAGACAUGUUAGAAUCAGAACUUAGUAGUAUGUUCUGCUGGGGAUUUCCAGCAGUCCUGUCCUCAAACAUGACCUUCCAAAGUUCACACACUCUGUAGUAAGCUGGCUUGACAAUAACUGGAGUGUGCAGAGAUCAAGACCAUGAUAAAUAAGAUGUUGGGGGUUAUGCCUCAGCUUUGACUUUCAUACAGCAACAUUAAGGUCCACAGCAUUUUGAACAGUUGCUCAACUUAGAAUAAAGAUCUGUACAAUUGUGAAUAUAUUAGGGUACUUUCACACUAGCGUUAAAGCUUUCUGGCAUCGAGUUCAGUCACAGGGGCUCAAUACCGGAAGAAAAAAUAAGUUAUAUCCUAAUGCAGGGAUGGGCAAACUGCAGCUCUCCAGCUGUUGUAAAACUACAAAUCCCAUCAU